CUUAAACAAAAAAGGAUACAAAGACACUGUCGCGCACUAUAGUUGUAGAUUUUACGGAUCAUGGAGAAGGAGCGACGAUCAUCUCAUCAGUACGGUUCACUGGGGCGCACAGAACGGAGCAAGGAAGACGAAACAGCUGAGGAUGAUGUGGUGUCCAUGGCUGAUUCCACGGUGACAGUGGAUGACAUCGAGGGAGAGUUGUAUAAGAUUGAGCGCAUCAGGGACGUCCUUGUGAGGAGGGAGUCAGAGCUCAGAUACAUGAUGGAUGACAUACAGCUGUGCAAGGAAAUUACUCGUUUGAAGAAAGAGCUGCACAAAUUAGUAUCCAUACCAGAUAAUGAUAAGUCAAAUGAGGAUCGUCAAAAAGAGGAGGAGCUUCUGCAGCAGAUCCAUAAGCUGGUGGAGACCAGGGACUUCCUGGUGGAUGAUGUGGAGUUUGAAAGACUCAGGGAAAAGGAGGAGGACAAAGAAAUGGCAGAUUUCCUCAAGUCCAAAUUCAGCCCCAGAAUUACCAGCACAGGUAUACCAAGACGCCAUGUCCCAAACAGGGCCCAACAGUCUUCCUCGCCUUUCACUAAAACUGGACUGACUCUGCUGAAAGAGUGCUGUGGAUUCACCUGCUCUGUAAUGUAAAACACUGAUGAAACUGUUACUGGAUUAAACCUUUGGACUUCUACAGUUCCUUUAAGGCAACAUUUAAAGGUGUAUUAUGUAACUUUUCUGCUGGAGGGUCCGUCAAAUGGUUUUCUUCAUAGAGAUGUUAUUGCUUUAUUUGGAAUGUUUCACAGUAGAGUAUUAAACCUAUUUCUAUCUUCAUGGAGACCAGACCAGGUAGAGCUGUUUAAUGUCCAUAGAAAGAAGCAGGUCACCUUUCACCAGAAAAGCUACACAAUGAACCUUUAAGAUAACUAUGAAGAGGUGGACAACAUGGGCAUUAUUCUAUGUGCAGCAAAAUGCAUUUGUUUUUGUUUCGCACAAGUUUCUUCUGGUAUUUGCUCAUUAAAAGUUGCUGCUGACAUGCUGCAAGACCCUUAUAAUUAGCUGCAAGGAGAUAACGCAAAUGGAAGUGACAGUCUCAAAGUGCAGAAACUCAGUGGUGACUUGGCUUCGUGUUCUAAUGGGUCUGGCCUUUGUGGGGGCGAAAAAAGAGAGACUAAACUAAGACAUUUCUCAGUAGCCUAUAUGUGAUGUUUUUGUUCAAUAUAAAUGUUGAUGUAUUUCAGGUAUGGAGAAAUUGUGCUUCAGUUUUGUGUCUGUUCGAAUCGAAUAUUAAACUCAGACUGUUCCACCUCUGUGACUUCAAAAAGCCUUUAAUAUGAAACUGUUUCUUAAUGAGCUCUGGUUGCAGUUCUAAACACUCUGUUCAACUAAAUACAGAUCGUACAUUACAUUUUAUUUGUAACUGUAUUAUUAAAUCACUUGUAAAUGUUAUUAAAGUAUCAGAUGUUGUGUAUUAUUUUACUUCAUGGUUUGACAUGGGCAGCAGAUUUGACAUACAUAGAGGUAAUUUCAUGACAGCUACACACUAAUCAU